ACUACCCAAACUUGUGAUUAUUUUCCUAAAAUGUUUGAGCCAAAUGUUCCCAAAAUGUUUUUUGAAUUUGAUGACUUCGGUAGUGAAGAUCCUGAUCUAGCCGCGACGAACCCUAUGUAUUGGUAUUUGCAUGAGUUUUUUGCAAAUCCGGCGCACCCUAAAAGCAAUGACGUUAGCGUUUACCGGAACUACGUACAGCAGCUUGGACCAUCAAUUAAUAUAUCGAAUAAGGUUAAAUGCAAUUUCCAUGCAAGCGUUACCCGACAAGUAGGUAAUAGGCUGUUCCAGGAGAAACGAUUCCGAGCGGCACUAGAAAAAUACAACGAAAGUAUUUGUUGGGCUAAAGCUGACUCCGAGGAACUGGCGUUGGGAUAUGCAAACCGCUCUGCCAUUUACUACGAACAGAAAGAAUAUGAAAUUGCACUUUUUAAUAUAACUUUGGCACGGAAACAUCGUUAUCCGGCAAAGCUGUUACCGAAACUGCUGACUCGAGAAUUCAACUGCAAAAAGAAUAUAGCCAACGAUUGCCGAGAUAACUCCACUUACCCGGAACUAGAUUUCACAAUAAAAACUAACAAUAAAAGACCUUCUGUAGCCCAGGAUAUCCAAAUAAAACAAAUACCCAAAUAUGGACGAGGUAUGGUUGCAAAUCGGGCAUUUCAGGUCGGAGAAGUUAUUCUUUGCGAGCAGCCUAUCAUGUCUUCCAUAGACACACAGGUGAAAUUUUUAAACUGUGACUUUUGUUCGAGCACACAUUUCCACAGUUUGAUACCGUGUCCAAAUUGUGGAUCGGUUAUGUUUUGCAAUGAGGAAUGCUUAGAGAAAGGUCUAAAAUUUAUUCACCGCUUUGAAUGUGGUAUUGCGGAAAAGCUUCAUCAUAUUCGCACCGAUCAUUAUUUAGGCAUUCGAAUGUUUUUCUACGGUUUGAGUUUGUUUGAAGAUAACAUCGAGGAAAUGAUGAAAUUCUGUAAAUCCCACCCAAAAUCAUCGGAAACUAACCCAUUCAAAAUAGAUUUCACAACGGCCGAUCGCUUGAAGCAAUUUGAACUCUUUCAUAAGGUGCAAGACAAGAACCGUUACGAACUCAACGACGAAAUCGUAUUUCGAUUUUUAGCAGCUUUAUAUUACGAGGUCUACCUGACCCAUCCAACAGUAAAAUCCAUAUUCGCUAAACAGUGCCAUAAGAAUUUCAUGCUGCACUCCUUUUUGGACUAUAUACGCACCGCAGCUUUUAUGAAAAUCGGCCCCGGUCAGCAUUACACCGAACAGUUAUUUCUUUUUGCGGCGUUGUGUAACCAUUCCUGUGACCCGAACACAUUAUCGCUGCACACGGAAAAUCAGCUAAAAUUCAUUGUUCUGCGGCCAAUUGCUGAGAAUGAUGAAAUUCUCAUUUCCUACGGACCACUUUGCUGGGAUCAUUCCGCUGACAAAAGACACAGUAUUCUCAGAAAUAUGUACUUCAAAUGCCGUUGCGACGUGUGUGUGCCAACUGAUGGGAAAUUUGCGUUCAACAUUAUCAAAUCGGUUUUGGAACACCCAACACUACCAAGUAUUGACAUUUUCCUGUUCGCGCCAUAUGUAACACUAAAGGAAAAAUUGCAUGGACUGCAGAGAUACAUCGAGUAUUUUGCUUCUAUCGCUCACCCUAAUGACGAACUGUACGAAGCUAUAGAUGCUUAUGGAUAUAAUUUAAGAUUGGCUUUCAAGGAGGAUCUUGGAACUAAACUCCGGAAAACGAUGAUUUCGUAGAUUUGGAUGCAUUUACUUUUAGUGUUUCGUUGAAGAAUGUUUUGAACUAUAACAUUUAGAAAUUUGCUUGCGGAUAAAAUUU